UCCAAGUAGAUGAGCUUGUGGCAUCCGUUUCCUAAAUUCAGGGACUCCACCAUACCUCAGCUGGAUCUCAUUGUUCCUGAUCUGCCUUAGUUAAGAUUACCCAAACUUGGAUUUCAAAGGAAUACUUUCCUUGUUCCAUCUGUCUCACUAAGUAAUUGGGGCCAGGUGGAUGUCAGGAUGCAUGUGGUUACCAUGGUAAUCCUGCUUUUCUUUUGCAAAGCCACUGAGCUGCGCAAGGCAAACCCUGGGGGUGUGAGAACCCAAGAGAAUCCUGGCCGGGUGGGUGGGGGCCGGAGAGGCUCCCACCCUGUCAAACGCUACGCACCGGGCCUCCCCUGCGAAGUGUACACAUAUCUUCAUGAGAAGUACUUAGAUUGUCAAGAAAGAAAACUAGUUUAUGUGCUGCCCGGCUGGUCUCACGAUUUGCUGCACAUGUUGUUAGCAAGAAACAAGAUCCGCAUAUUGAAGAACAAUAUGUUUUCCAAGUUCACAAAGCUGAAAAGCUUGGAUCUGCAGCAGAAUGAGAUCUCCAAAAUUGAGACUGAGGCUUUCUUCGGUUUAAACAAACUCACCACUCUCUUACUGCAGCAUAACCAGAUCAAAGUCUUGACAGAAGAAGUGUUCAUUUAUACACCUCGCCUGAGCUACCUGCGUCUUUAUGACAACCCCUGGAGCUGUACUUGUGACACAGAGACGCUUAUUUCAAUGUUACAGAUUCCAAAGAACAGGAAUUUGGGGAACUACGCCAAGUGUGAAAGCCCACAAGAACUAAAAAAUAAAAAACUGCGGCAGAUAAAAUCUGAAGAGUUGUGUAAUGAAGAAGAAAAAGAACAAUUGGACCCAAAACCCCAAGUAUCAGGGAGGCCCCCAGUCAUCAAGCCUGAGGUGGACUCUUCUCUUUGCCACAUUUACCUGUUUCCCAUACAAACACUGGACUGCAAAAGAAAAGAGUUGAAGAAAGUUCCAAACAACAUCCCUCCAGAUAUUGUUAAACUUGACUUGUCGUACAAUAAAAUCAAUCAACUUCGACGCAAGGAGUUUGAAGAUGUUCAUGAGCUAAAGAAAUUAAACCUGAGCAGCAAUGGCAUUGAAUUCAUCGAUCCUGCUGCUUUUCUAGGACUCACACAUUUAGAAGAGUUAGAUUUAUCAAACAACAGCCUGCAAAACUUUGACUAUGGAGUAUUAGAAGACUUGUACUUUUUGAAACUCUUAUGGCUCAGAGAUAACCCUUGGAGAUGUGACUACAACAUCCACUACCUCUACUACUGGUUAAAGCACCAUUACAACGUCCACUAUACUGGCUUGGAAUGCAAAACGCCUGAAGAAUACAAGGGGUGGUUUGUGGGAAAAUAUGUUCGGAGUUACUAUGAAGAAUGUCCCAAAGACAAAUUACCAGUAUACCCUGAAACAUUUGACCAGGAUACAGAAGAUGAUGAAUGGGAAAAAAUACAUAAGGAUCACACAGCAAAGAAGCAAAGUGUAAGAAUCACUAUAGUGGGAUAAUUUGGAAAUUCUAUUGCAACUAGUUAUAUAUUUGCUAUACUGGUGUCAGAAAACAAUAUGUUUACAUUUCAAUUAACUGUGUUGCCUAUUUAUGCAGGGUUAUCCAACCAA